CAGGUUUUCCUUCACUCAGUCCUGUUACCAUGACAAUAGCCCCCCCCCACCAGUCACAUGAUCAACCGGAAGUAGCGUCAUUUGAGUCACCGGAUGACCAUGGGAAGACCAAAGCUAGUUUUCUCACUUUAUUUUCUGUAUUUUUUAAUAAUAUUGUCCACUAUGUGCAACGAAGACCUAAUUUCAGUGGAUUAUGAGAUUUUUGGCAGAGUGCAAGGUGUAUUUUUUCGGAAAUACACUCAAGCAGAAGGGAAGAAGCUUGGCCUGGUGGGAUGGGUCCAAAACACAGGUGCAGGAACCGUUCAGGGGCAGCUACAAGGCCCACGAAGCAAAGUGACAGAAAUGCAGGAAUGGCUGAAAUCCACCGGGAGCCCCAAGUCACACAUAACCAAGGCCGAGUUCAAGAACGAGAAAACGGUCGAUAGCCUAGAACAUUCAUCCUUUAAGAUAGUAAAAUAAAGUAACCCACAGAUUUUGCUUGUAAUAUUAACUUUAAUGCAGAUGUUUUAUUUAUUUAGUAUUUUCUAUUAGUUGGAAGGCAGCUCAAGUAAUGAAUUGAAAAGAUGUGUUUAUUUUAUGUCUCCUUAACAUCUACACAAUAAGUCAAUAUGGAAUUACAUUAAUAAAUGGAAAAAUUCCUUCCAGCCUGCUUCA